CACUUUACCGAUAAUAUAAGCGACAUAACUCAAACAUUGUAGACUAUACUAAAGAACUUUUUUAUUCAAGCACACAACUCGCUUGGCUACUGACAGUGACACAUCGCAACCAUGCCGGCCUACAAACUGUACUAUUUCGAAUCCCGGGGAGCCGCCGAGCUGGCCAGGCUUAUAUUGAAGCAGGCGGGUCAAGAUUUUGAGGACAUUCGCCUUGCCGGAGAGAAAUGGCUGGAAAAGAAACCAGAAAUGCCCCUAAAGGCUAUGCCAGUCCUGGAAAUCGACGGAAAGAAGAUCUGCCAGUCCAUGGCAAUCGUACGCUACCUCGGGCGGGAAUUCGGUCUGAUGGGCUCAAGCAACAUGGAGGCCCUGGCCAUAGAAGAGCUGCUGGAGGUAUUUACAGAGAUCACCACCAGGCAUGUCAUGAAGAUCUACUUUGAACAAGACCAGCAGAAAAAGGUGGAGCUUAUGAAGGAGUUCAAGGAGACGGCCAUGCCACCCUACAUUACAUUCAUAGAAACACGCCUUAAGGAAAACAACGACGGCAAAGGUUUCUAUGUCGGCGAUAAGGUGACCGUGGCUGACCUGGCCCUCUACAACACGAUGUUUAGCUACACGCACUGGAUGGGCAAAGAGGGACAAGACCCCUUUGAGGGAAGCACCCUUUUAAAGGCACUUUACAAGCGCGUAGCCUCGCUCCCGAAAAUCGCGGCUUGGGAGAAGGUCCGGCCAGAAACAAACAUGUAGACUAUAACUGUGUUAAGGAUCUGUAGUGAUAUGCCAUUGUUGUGUACAACGUAAAAACAUUUCAGUUCCUGAUUUGUAUUCUACUAUACGGCUUUACUUAAAUAAUUUAAAUAUAACUUUUGAGAGUGGUUUAGUUUCAAAGAAACGUUUCAAGAUUUAAGAUUAUCCGAGCAGCAUUAUUUUAAAUACUUUUUUAUUAUUUUCACAUGAUAGACGUAUUGUUUAUGUGUUCAGUAUUGCCACGAGAAUACCAUGUUUCCAGUAUUGUCACGAGAAUACUAUGUUUCCAGUAUUGUCACGAGAAUACCAUGUUUCCAGUAUUGUCACGAUAAUACCCUGUUUCCAGUAUUGUCACGAGAAUACCAUGUUUCCAGUAUUGUCACGAGAAUACCCUGUUUCCAGUAUUGUCACGAGAAUACCAUGUUUCCAGUAUUGUCACGAUAGUACCAUGUUUCUAGUAUUGUCACGAUAAUACCCUGUUUCCAGUAUUGUCACGAGAAUACCAUGUUUCCAGUAUUGUCACGAGAAUGCCAUGUUUCCAGUAUUGUCACGAUAGUACCAUGUUUCUAGUAUUGUCACGAGAAUACAUGCUUUUUGUCAAAUAUU